UUUGUGCUUAUGAGUCCGCACAGAUAUGCCCGUAAAAACUGGUUUGGGAUAACCCACAGAUACCAUUCUUUUUUAAAUUUUUUCAGAAAUUUUCUCUUUUUUUACUAUUUUUUGGAAGAAAAAAUGGAAGAGGAAGGUUAUUCAAAUGAUUGGUUUUUGGAUGAUGUCAAUUCAAGCUUAAACACAAUUCUCGCUAUGAUUAAAACGGACACUCAACAAUUACCUCAUUUUGAUUUGCUUGGACAAAUUAGGCAGUGUUUGGAAUGUUUGGCUUGUUCUUCUCCUGAAGAAAUGGCUUCGCAACGAGCGCGAUUUGUUAGUCUUUCUUGGCCUGCCGAUUUGCGUGUUGUUCUCCAAAGGCUUUUUAGAACAUUUGGAAUACGUAAGAUUUUUUUUAAUCAGUUCAUUUACUUUAACUUUGUGCCCCAUUUAUUCGCAAGGCGAACGCCUCGCCGAUCUCAUUAUGAGCACUUUGACCGUUUUACGCUUGUGAUUAAAUGUCGUUUAGUCAAAUUAGGGUGA